ACACUCAUGCCGAUAGUUCACUGUACAGUGAGAGUGUCAAGUACGGCUAGCAACUUCGUCCAAUUGCUGCAAUACCAUGCACUGGCGUUACAACGAAUUUCUAGCGGGAGCAGUAGCUAAUCUUGCCACGGUUUCAAUUGGUUGUGGUAUUGCCUGGUCUUCCCCAAUUUUUGAGAAGCUGUCCGAUCCCAAUCUGGAAGAUAAUCCUUUCGGAAUGGUGCUGUCCGAGAAGAAUAAGAUGUGGUCCGAGGCGGGUCUAGCUAUAGGCGGGCUAGCAGGUCCUGUACUGGCAUGUUGGAUCAAUAAGCAUAAAGGGCCACGAAUUGCGUUAUUACUUAGCAGCGUCCUGUACAUUGCGGGUUGGCUACUGUGCAUGAUCGUUGGUUCUUUCUCACUGCUAAUAGUAGCGCGCACCAUAAUCGGUUUUGCGAACGGGUACGUCCUAUUGACGGUAACGCUCUACAUUGGAGAAAUCGCCAGUGAUCGCUAUCGAGGUGCGUUAGGAUGCUACAUUCAGAUCGGCACUACGUUGGGUAUCCUGAUCGUGUACUGUGCCGGACCGUUUGUAAGCUAUCUGGCACUGCAGGCCAUCUGCUGUGCAGUUCCGAUCCUAUUCGGUACAUUGUUCCUGUACAUGCCGGAAACACCUCACUAUCUGAUACAGCGUGGACACAACCAGCGUGCAAUCGAAGCGCUUAUGUUCCUGAGAGGAGCUCGCCAUGCCGACGAAGUCAAGUCGGAGUUGGAAGAGAUAAAGCAGUACGUUAAGCGACGAGAUGGCGAUGAUGGUGUACCAACUAGAACAAUACACCAUCUGAAGCAUCUGCUGACACAUCGAGGAAAUCAAAAGGCGCUCAUGAUCAGCUUAGGAUUGGUAAUGUUCCAGCAGUGUUCGGGGAUCGACAUCAUUCUGGCAAACAGUGAGCUUCUGUUUGCCGAAUCGAACGCAUCAUUGGGACCCAUUUUUGGUACAAUUGUGCUGGGCGUGCUACAAUUUCUUUCCAGCUGUUUAACACCAUUCUUCAUCGAGCGUACUGGCCGUCGUCCAAUUCUGCUGGCAUCAUCAGUUGGGCUUGCGAUCGCAUUAGCAACACUCGGGACCUAUUUCAUGCUGAAUCGUUACACCGUUCCGGUGGAGUCUAUUCGCUGGUUACCGCUAACUGCAUUGAUCGGUUUCGUGACACUGUACAAUGCAGGUUUUGGCCCUGUUGCAUGGGCCAUUGUGAUGGAGAUUUUCGCCCACGAGCUAAAACCAACCGGUGUGACGCUGUGUGUGCUCGGUUCGGUACUGUUCGAUUAUGCCAUUUUGCAGCUAGUCAUCGUCCUCGUAAAAACGGCCGGUUUAGAUUGGGCAUUCUGGAUGCUUGCUAGCGUCUGUACUGCAGCUGGCCUGUUCUCCUGGAUGUUUGUUAUCGAAACGCGCGGACUUAACCUGCUCGCGAUCCAGGAGCGCUUGAGCGGUAUCAAGACGGUACGAUUAUGAAACCGGUGUUUCAGGCACUCAUGCACUCGCAGAUGUGUGGCAGCACUAUCGUUUCACAUUGACAUUGCCGUACGCGCGACCGCGUGUUGAUAAGCACUGUUUUCCCACCCCGUUCGUUACGAAAACAAUGCAUCACCGACCGUUUGGUGGACAUACAUAUAUACCUUCCCUGCUGCGAACAAUGUAGAGCUGGUGACAAAAUGUUUCGCGCGCGUUUUGUUUGUUUUCAACCACAAACUCGUCGUUCGGAAGCUAGGAGGUUUGCCGUGCGGACUCGCUUCAGCGAUGGCGCGAUAAUGCGUGAACGUGACGUGUGCGUUAAGUGCAGGAGAAAGAAGCCGGCUCCUGUUGUGUGGCGUCCUUUUGGACAGUCGCAGAGAACAGUAAACAUUACGCAAGACUUGAAGCGUUGUUGACGGUUUGUUGCAUUGUUCGGGGUUUCACGUGUUCGUGAUAGCGCAAGCGCUUCCCGCCUCCGAACGUUUGACUGAUAAGACGUUACAGAUGCACCGUAAACCAUUUGCAAACGUUUGAUAAUAAGCUGCGUUGAUCUGUACUGUGAUCUAAAGAGUUGUUUGAAUUAAAUACUAUAAUAAAGUAAGCAAACGUUUUAUUGAAUAAUUGCUGCAAUUAUUACCAUAAACAAAUGAUGCAUUUUGCAUUCACUAUUAAUUUAAAUAAAAUUGUUUGCAGCCUAUUUCCAUACAAUCUUGCUCGUGUGUCUACGUUAAACAUUUUUCCAUCCUUUGUAAAAUGGUAGGACAUACUGAUUCAAAGAAGAAUGAGCAUCUUAGCAUAAAGAA